GUAUUGAUGCACCGAAGGAAUCUCUCAACCGGUGGUUGAUGGAAAGGAAGGUAAUUGACAAGGGUAAUGAUCCAUUACUUCCAAGCAACUGUCAACCUGAAGUUUCCUACACCAUGUAUCGAGAGAUAAUGAAUGAUAUUCCCAUAAAGUUGGUCCGCCCAAAAUUCUCUGGUGAUGCCCGUAAACAGUUAUCUAAAUAUGCAGAAGCUGCUAAGAAAAUGAUUGAGUCACGAAAUGCCUCAUCUGAGAACAGGAAAAUCGUUAAAUGGAAUGCAGAAGAUGCUUUCCAGUGGAUCAGGCGGACUCUUAAUGCAUCGUAUGAUGAUUAUCUGGAGAGAUUAGCACACCUGAGACAACAGUGUCAGCCCCACUUAGUGGAAGCAGCUAAAUCCUCGGUAGAAGGAAUUUGUACCAAAACGGGAAUCCCCUUAAAAGUAUUUUUGUGCAAAACUCAGGGCCAAGAGAGUUUGUUUGACAUCCAUUUAAAAGUUGAAAUCACUAGUCCACUGCAGGUAAACAAUCCAAAGAAGGUAUUUUGUUAUCCGGUUCAAUUUGCCAUUUCAACUCCUCGAUUACCUACAGUGGAUCUACUCACUGAUCGUGAUGUCACGUUGCUUCGUUUUUCUGGAGACGUCGUUCGAAUAAACACGUUGUAUUUUCAGAAACUGGAACAACUAUACAGGUGGAACUGCACAGAUGACCGCAAGUUUGAAUUUUUUUUAGCUAGGGUUUGGUGUAUGUUAAAGAGAUAUCAGACAUUCAUCGGCUCCAAUCCAAAUGAAGGUCAUGGUACACAAGUGGCUCUACCAGUGACUGUCUUUGAUUGUUUACACAAGCAAUUCGGAGUAACCUUUGAAUGUUUUGCUUCCCCGCUCAACUGCUACUUUCGCCAGUAUUGUUCAGCAUUUCCUGAUACAGAUAGCUUCUUCGGUUCCCGUGGCCACAUCCUCAGAUUUUAUCCAGUUAGUGGGUCCUUCGAGGCUAAUCCUCCGUUCUGUGAAGAGCUUAUGGAAGCAGUUAUCGAUCACUUUGAGAGGCUACUCUCAGAGUCACAAGAACCUCUUUCGUUUAUUGUCUUCUUACCAGAAUGGCGUGAUCCAGUCCCUACAUCUCUGGCUAGGCUGGAGUCUAGCAGAUUCAAAAGAAAGCAACUUCUAAUCCCUGCUUUUGAACAUGAAUAUCGUCAUGGUUUCCAGCACCUCAGUAUUCGGGGUGAGGGUAGUUGGCUUUCCUCACACGGCACGGUGGUGGUUUUCCUGCAAAACGAUGCAGGUUUUGUUCGUUGGGGUCCGACACAAGACAAAGUAGAUUCUCUACUGGAAGCGUACAAACCUGGAAAAGACAAGGAAAGAGAACAGAUGUUAGCACCCCCUAAACAACAGCACCAAGCUGGCACGAUAAGCCAGCCGCCAGGGCCAUCUGUGGACAAACCGCAUCAAGCUGUUGGGCAACCAAAUCCAGUACUCCAGCAAACAGAACUGAAACAUGCUUUGGCGGGACCUCAGUAGUUGAUGUAUGUAACCAUAACGUUUUUUUUAUUUGAAGGGUUCACCAAAGAGUUUUAACAUAUUGUAAUGUGAAUAUACCCAUCGAUGAGGCUUCAUGAAAACGUUUUUUGAUACAGAAGUGACUACAAAUUUGUUGAAUGUUAAAGAACUUAUAAAGUUCUCAGCUUAGAAAUACUUGUCACAUUUUUGAAUGUGAAAUUAACUUAUAAUAUUUCUGAAUAUUGUAAAAAAGAAAAUCCCAACAAUUAACCUGUUAAUUUGUUUUUAAAAAUCAUGGAUAUGUAAAAAAAUUAAAUUUUUGCAUAUGUAGAAUCAGUUUCAAAGCCAAAAAAUGUGUAAUAUGUCAGUGUAAAAAUUUUGAUCUCUAACAUUAAGGUAAACAGUAUUGGACUUAUACAUAAAUAAUUAGUUAUGUAUUCUGAUGUUAUGUUCAAUUGUAUUGGACUUGUACAUAAUUAGCUAUGUAUUCUUAAUGUUAUGUUCAAUACUAUUGAACUUAUACAUAAAUAAUUAGUUAUGUAUUCUGAUGUUAUGUUCAAUACUAUCGAACUUAUGCAUAAAUAAUUAGUUGUGCAUUCUUAAUGUUAUGUUCAAUACUAUCGAACUUAUGCAUAAAUAAUUAAUUAUGUAUUCUGAUGUUAUGUUCAAUACUAUCGAACUUGUACAUAAAUAAUUAAUUAUGUAUUCUGAUGUUAUGUUCAAUACUAUCGAACUUGUACAUAAAUAAUUAAUUAUGUAUUCUGAUGUUAUGUUCAACAGUAUCGAACUUAUACAUAAAUAAUUAGUUGUGUAUUUUAAACAUAAUGAUUUUUACCUUGGGAUCAACAGUUUUUUUGCUAAUGUUGAAGAGUUACUUUUGACAAGUGGACUUCAUUAAUGGUAUAGAAUAAGAAAUUACAUUUGUCAUGAUUAUCAGAAUGUUAUUUUUCUUCUGGUGAGCUUGCCAUAUCGUGGUGUUUAGUGAGAGUAGAGUGUUAUUUCUUGUGGCCGGUUGAGGUUAGAAGAUUGAUACACAUGUUAACUUAUUUCAAUCAAGAGACUGUGUAGAUCCUGCUAGCUAGAUAAAAUUUUUAGAGCAGUUGGUGGGUGAGUGAAUUGUGUAAGUAACCUGUGUUGUUUUCAUGCUUUGAUCAGGCACUCUCUACCUCUACUAGGGGGACUUAAAAUCGUCACCAACACAUCAAGCUGGUUUAAUAUUUUAGGGGGGGGGGAUUUUUGAUUUGUGAAUCAAACAACUAUUCAUUUUGUUGUGAUCUGUAUAAAUGUGCAAUUUCUUUUUGAAUGUCUGAGUGACUUUAACAUGUUAAAGGUUGUGUGGGGUUACUGUGAGUUUGAGGUUUUGGUGAAUAUCAAUCAUUCGUCAAGAAAGAUUUUUAGCUAAUCAUGAAAUAAAUUGUAAAAAUAUAUAUUAGUAUAUUUGUACAGUAUACGUUUUAUUGUUUGAAGGUAGUGUAUAUUCAUUGUUUUUUAUGAACCACAGUACCGUACAUAGUGGUCUUUAAGAUGUUUUAAACAGCAUAUUAUCAAUUAUUAUGUUCAUGUGAGAACACAUUUUUUUUAAGGUAUGAAAUCAAAUCAGUAUGUUUUAUUUUACAAAAUUAAGUUGUUAAAUUUUGACCUCAACUACUUUAAAGAGACAGGGUGUGUCAAAACAUUUGCAAUUUUAAGCUUUAGUUCAGACCUAAUUUGGUACUUGCAUCACCCAAAAAAAGCCAGUUUACUAAUCUUUAGUUCGUCAGUCAGUCUUUCGUAACUAACUGUAUCAGAAAUGUACUGCUAAACCACGAGCCAGAACAAUUUUUAUAUUCUGUUGUUUUUAUCCAGCAAGCUUCAGCCACACGUACUGUGGUUCUUUCAUUCCUUAAAGCUUGAUUAAUUUACUUUUAUCUGAAGUGAUACUUGGUAUAAAGAAAUGAGUAUUUGUUAACUUUGCACUGAGAAAUCUCAUACUUCUUUACAAAAAGGAGUUGGAUGAGUUAGGUAUUUUGAUUGAUGUUUCAUGCACAUGAUCUUAUUUGCAAGUUAGAAACAAGUUGUAGUAUUAGAGGCAUGAUAGGGUUUAGUAUCAUCCCAAAAGUUUCAAUGAUAAGUGGAUGGAAUCUUAAAAAAACUGUAGGGUGUGAUUACAGGCUUAAGAAACCUAACUGUAGAAGGAUUUUUUUAGUCUUUAUAUCAGAACUGACUGUAAGGUGUUUCAAGUUAUGUGAGGAAGUAUUAGUAUUGCUGUUAUAUCAUAUUUAACCUAAGUAAAAUUCUUGUUACAGAUUUUAGUUGACAUUUUGAAAAAAGAUUUUAUAGAUAUGCACAACAGCUAAAUAAAACAUACAUUUUUAGGAAUUUUACGUACAGAAACAACACUACAAGGUGAACAAGCUGUUUGUAUGUUAAACGAAGAAAAUAACUUUUUAGGUACAUUUCUACAAAUUGAAGGAUAUGUAUUUUAUGUCUUUGAAGAAAAAGACAGAGACAGAUGACAAGAAGAAUUUUAGUAAAUACAACCUCUCUCAUCAAAAACAUGAGUAAAGGUUAUUUGAAAGAAUUUUGGGAAAAAAAAACAACAACCAAGUUUUAUUGAAUUACAAAUAAUGGAAAAAUAGAUGUGUAUUGUGCAUCUUGAUGGUUGUUAAUAUUAACCAAUUUUUCUUGAAUUGUUAGGUCUAGUGAACACAACACUAGGCUGUACAUUUAAAAUUUUUAUGUUCUCAAGAAGUUAUGAUACACCCCAAGUUGAGAACCUGUGAAGUAUGUAAUGCAAUAAAUCUUAAGAAUAUAGCGAAAACCUUAUACAUAUAAAAUUAAUUGCUUUUAUUAGUUUGAUGUAGAUAAUGAAACUUAUUAAAAUUAUUUUAUAGUAAUUAAAACAAGUCUUUUUAUGUUUGGGUGUAAAACAAAGAUUGUUUAAUUUAAAACUGGUUUAUACUUUAUAAUAAUUAAAACAAGUCUUUUUACAUUUGGGUGUAAAACAAAGAUUGUUUAAUUUAAAACUGUUUUACCUUACUGGUUUAUACUUUAUAAUAAUUUAAAACAAGUCUUUUUACGUUUGGGUGUAAAACAAAGGUUGUCUAAUUUGUCACAAUUCAAUAAAGUUGCAUUUAUCUACAUAAAGGAAUUUAACUCUGCGUAGCUGUUCUCUGCCUUAA